AUGGGUAAAAACGGUGUACGCCCUGGUCCGGAAAAGAUCAAGGCGACUAGCGACUGUCCUGUGCCAGUCGACGUCAAGGGACUUCGAAAGUUCCUUGGCUUGGCAGCGUAUUUGCACAAACACUCGCGCAUCUAUGCCGAGAUGACUGUACAUCUCUCUCGUCUGCUAAAGAAAAACGAGAGGUGGUCAUGGAGCACUGAGUGUCAGCACUCUUUUGAUAGCAUCAAGAAAAGCUUGGUGCAAUCGCCUGUGUUGGCGAUUGCAGACCAGGAUAGACCAUUUCAUGUGGUCUGUGACGCCAGCGAUUUUGCAAUCGGCUGCGCGUUAAUGCAGUUCGACUCAGACGGCGUUGAGCGCGUCGCCUGA